UAAUUUCACAAGUUUAUCCACCUAAAUGAUGACAUCUUAUUUUUGUUUUUUGGCACUGUGAAAUCUUUGUGUAUGAAAGAAUUUCAAUGGUGGUGAAUCAGUAACAAGACAGAAAUUGUGUUGAUUGGUGGGCUGAGGACGUGUGUUUUGAAACGCUGUGAACAUGCUACAUUUACAGGGACUCAUGGCUGACAGGGGAGCUACACCGAUGCUGAUCAUAGCUCUCAUACCGGUGAUACUGGACACAUUCGUGCCAUGCUCUGGGGUAAAUGUUAAGAUUGGUGUACCUGAAAAUUAUGACGGUAUUUUCCCCUGGUAUCUAGCCAAGCUCCAUAGCCUGCCUGGUAAUUACAGUGACCUUGUGGUAACAGGGGAUGAUGAGGGAAUAUUUGGAGUCGAUGCUCAGUUUCUGUAUGCUCUGAAACCACUGGACAGGGAGAAACAGCCAUCUUACUCUCUGCAGGUGUCCUUCAGAGCGUCAGUGCACCGUCAGAGCUUCACCAUUGAGGUGUGUGUCAUCGACAAGAAUGACAAUGUUCCCACUUUUAUAGAAGAGAGCAUGAGAGGCAGCGUGCAGCUCGGGCUUCUCAAAGGGAUCCCAUUCAUGCAAGUGGAAGCGCUGGAUCGUGAUGACCGCAACACUCUCCACGCUGACCUGCGGUUCAGCCUCAUGGAACAGACACCCAGGAUUCCCUCUAGUCAAAUGUUCUUCAUUGACUCCAUCACUGGGGAGGUUUCCCUCACUGAGGAAGGAGCCUCUACUCUGGACCCAGAGAUGUGCGGCCGUUAUAAGCUCUCAGUGAUGGUGAAGGACAUGGCUGGGAAGGCGAAUGCUUUCUUCACCACUGGUAUUGUUACUGUUGAGGUGACUGGAAACACCUGGGCAUCACCCGACCCUGUACGACUUCAGGAGAAUCUCCCAGGCCCUUACCCCAUCCCCAUCUCACAGGUCAAAUGGAGUGGCAGCCAGGCAGAGUACAGUCUGGAGGGGGAGUUUCCAGAGAUGCUCUUCACCAUCAGUAGAGAGGGAGUCAUUUAUCUCAACGCCCCUCUGGACAGAGAGACACAAGACCAGUUCCAGAUCAGCAUUGUGGUUGAGCGUCCAGAUGGCAGAGAAAUUGCCAAGCCUGUGGAGCUGAGGGUGAUGGUAGGCGACGCCAAUGAUAACAGACCCACCUUUCCACAAGCACAGUACCAUACUGUGGUCAAGGAACUGGCUGCCCGAGGGACAGAAAUUCUGACAGUGCAGGCAGCCGAUAAUGAUGAUCCCAAGACAGACAAUGUGCGGAUCUUCUACCGUUUAGUCGGACAAAUUCCAGAGAGUCCCCGUGCCCUUUUCAGAGUGGACCGUGACUCAGGGGUCAUCUCUGUCCAAGCAGACAGCAUGGAGGGCACAGCACCGCAGUACACCCUCACCAUCACUGCUGAGGAUGCCAAAGGUCUAAACAGUUCCUGUACUGUGGUUGUGACCGUGCAGGAUGAGAACAACAACCCACCAGUCUUCUCCCAACAUGAGUAUGGCCCCUUUCACAUCCCGGAGGACGCUCCAGUGGGCACCACGGUAACAGCUGUGCUGGCGGGGGAUGCAGAUGUUCGUGGUGGAGACAGCUGGCAGGUGGACUACCGCUUAGAGUCUGGAAACGAGGAGGAGGUCUUUAUGUUAGUGACAGACAAGCAGACCAAUGAGGUCUCACUUGUGCUCUCCAAGGUGUUGGACUUUGAGCGUGAGAGUGAAUACAUCCUGGUGCUCAGCGCUCAGAACCCUGUGGCUCUGGUCCGUGGCCGGUACGGACCUGCAUCCACGGCAACGGUUUCUAUUUAUGUUGACGACGUGAAUGAAGGUCCGAUCCUAUCUCAAAGCCAUUAUGAGGUGACUGUCAGAGAGGGCGAGGAACCAGGACGGGUUAUCGCCACCAUCCGAGGUUAUGACCCUGACUCUCACCCGAUAAGAUACUCUCUUCAAGGAGACACCAAGAAAUACUUUUCAAUUGGGAAAUAUUCUGGAGAACUAAAGACGGUACAGGCCUUGGACAGAGAGGAGAACAGCACAUACACCAUGGAGGUCAUUGCAGUGGAUGGACGAAACUCUUCCUUGUCUGCCUCCACCCUGGUCACUGUCCAAAUCCUGGAUGUGAAUGACAACAGUCCAGUGCUGGUUGGAGACUACUCCUGGAAGUACCUGUGUACACCUCGCUGGGAGGACCAAGCUCUGGUGCUGGCCUCACGGGACAGCGACGGACCGCAGCAUGGAGGACGGCUCAACUUCUCCCUGCGCAGUGAUGCCACAGUUCGACGUAACUGGAAGCUAACUCCUAUUAAUGAUACUCACACCAACCUGUCUUUAAACAUCCCAUACCUGGCUCCAGAGGUCUACACUGUGCCCUUCACCAUCUCUGACAGCAGCUCUCCUCCCAGGAGCACCUUCAUAAACUUGCCAGUCACAGUGUGUCCCUGCAACGUCAGAGGGAACUGCAAAAUGGCUGCCAAGCAGCUGCAGGGCAUGCCAACUAUUCAGUCGGCAGUGGGCAUUCUGCUUGGUACCUUUGCAGUCAUAGGGACUAUCCUCAUUGUUGUAUUUGUGAGACUGUCCUACCAGAACCCCAAAAGGCCGAGCAAAACUAACCAGGAGAGAGUUCCCCUGAAGAUUUCGAUCUAAUCAAAUUGAUAGUGUCUGUCUGCUUACAGUCCAGGCCAAAUGGAUUUAUGUAGCAAUGUUACUUUCAGGACACUGAAUUCAUCAUGUGACCGUGAAUGUCAAAAAUGAAUGUAUAUUUCAGUCAUAGGAUAAAAGUUCAGAUGUUCACUGACGAAAGGCAAAAUCAGAGGAUAUUAUAGAUUAGUCAAGAUGUCUAAUGUAUAAGUGCUUAGACCUGUGCCUGGGACAUGAUGUUGACCUAUGUUUUAAGUUUGUCAUUUUUUAUUGUUGUAGAUCUGUUAAGUUUCAAGAUGCUGACUAUUUACAACAGCAGAGUAUUACGGCCAUGAUCAGGAACAAAAUUUAAAGAUUUGAGAAUGAAAUAAUAAUAUUACAAUUAUCUUUUUAUUUCAACUUUACCCUCAAAAUCUGUUUUUUUUCUAACCUUGGCCCUAAUAGUCUGUCGUAAUUUACAUGGCAUGUACCUGUUCAUUCGUUUAUGAUGACACAUGUGGUCACUGAGCUGUAAUGGUAUUUCCUCUUUAGAUGAAUUGCUACAAAACGAUCAUGAAUUAGAGGACACAUGCCUGUAAAUGCUGACAUAUGAUUGAAUCUAAUGUAACACAACAUACUUCACCACAUACUGUACCAAUUUAAACCUCUCAUACCUGUAGCAAUGAAUUUGGUAAUCACUCACUUACUGCAUGAAAUCUUUUCUUUUCUACCCUGUAGCUACAUGCAGUGUUCCACAUAAUAAACCAUAACACUUGUAAUCUAAUGA